AAAAAAAUAUAAAGUAUAAGGAACUGUUUCCAUUUUUCCUCUCUUGGUUCAUAUAACUAUCUAUUUACAGAUAGGCUUUUGAUUGAUAAAUAACAUAAGACAUAGAUAGAGAGAGAGAGUGUAUAAGACAUGCUCACUUCUCCUCAGCUUCCUAGCCACUUGCUUAAGCUUGCAUCAAUCUUCUCUCUUCAUUCUUAUAUCUCUUCUUAUCAAUUGAUCUUCUUCUUGUUCUUGAAAUUCAUCUCUCUUCUUGUACCAAGAUCCAAAGGUUAGAAAUUCUUUAGGGAGAAAAAUCAAAGACAACAUAUAUAGUUAGAAGCUGCUAAUUAAUUAGCAAACAAAAUUUUGCAUAAAAGUGAAGUUCUUUAUAUGAUCUUGUGAUGGGUUUAAGUUCAAAACAAGUUUCAAGUGAUAGGCAUGGUUGGAACCAAGCUUUGUUACAAGCCAACACCAUUGAGCUUCCAAAAUCUUCUUCAUUGAAGAGACAAGCAUCACAAGUACAACAACAACAACAACAAUCUGAGCCAUUGAAAUGCCCUAGAUGUGAUUCCAUUAACACAAAGUUUUGCUAUUACAACAACUACAACAAAACACAACCUAGGCAUUUUUGCAAGGCUUGUAAGAGGCAUUGGACCAAAGGUGGUACCCUACGUAACGUCCCUGUUGGCGGUGGCCGGAAAAACAAGCGCCUCAAGACGUCGAACCCGGGUGCUAAAACCUCCUCUAAGACCAAUAACUCAACCUCAACCACAACCACAACCACCUCCAAUGACAACAUUAAGUUGGUAUUACAAAGCCAACAACAAGAACAAGCAAGGUUUAGUCUCCCACUUGGAGGAGCAGCAUCACUAGGUGGUAGUUUUGAUGAUAAAAACAACUUCUCAGAUGCAUUUUAUCAAACAGUUAUUAGACAACCAACUUCUUCACUUCCAGAAAACUCCAUAAUCUUCAACAAUAAGAGCUUAAAUGAUGGAAAUUUUCUGGGUUCAUCAACUCUAUCUCUUCCUCAGAACAAUAAUAAUAAUAAUGAUCAAGAUCAUUUACAAUUCCCAUACUCAAAUUUGGGUAGUUUUGAAAGUAACCCAUGUUCAAUUUCUUCAUCAAAUUUUUACAAUUAUACAGGGGAUCAAGCUGCUGUGAUUGAAGAUACAGUGAUGAACAGUUUGAAUAAUACAAGUAGCAGCUCAAUGAGUGAUCAUCAUCAACAAUGGACAACAACAAACACUGUUAUUGAUAUGUCUAAUAGUUGGGGUUGGGAUGAUUUUGAUAAAUUUGUUUCUGUUGAAGCUGAUCUUACUAUGCCAUGGGAUGAAACAGAGAUCAAACCUUUAGGUCCUUGACCAUCAAGUAAAAUUUAUAUUUUUAUACUUUAUAAUAUCAUUAUCAUCUUACCAUAUCUAAGUUAGAUUAGUAUGUGUUCAUAUGGAUUUGGGGUUUUUCUUUUUUUUCUUUUUUCAGGGUUUAUCUUUGAUUAAUUUGACAAUGCUUUGUUCAUUUGACUAUUGUAAUGUAAUAGAGAUAAGUGACUGUUUAAAUCUACCCUCCUUUUUAUGGGUUACUUUAAUUUUUUUGGUAUGACACCAAGUUCAUAAUUGAGAAUAAUCAAGUUUAAGCUA